AUGAUCAAGGGCCAAAUUGCCUCAGGGUACGAUGUGGUGUCAAGGUCGUGCAUGAGCUCACGGGUGGAGUUCUUCGGCAGACACAGCAGUUCCAAGUGCGAUGCAGAGAUAGGCGCUGUUGCUUUUUGGCCACGCGGGGGCAAUCGAUGUCAGCUCGUUGCAACCUGCGCCAUACCGGAUGGGGCUAGCGCGGCCCAACACAGGCCAGGCCCCACCGCCCUGGGUGGCGUUGGGCCAGUGUGGCUUGCCAGUCUCAAGCUGUGGCUGGAACACCAGACAGUGCGAUUUCCACUUUCGGCGCUAUCGAUUCUCCCUAGUCCGCUCCGCUCCAGUGCGUUUCCAGCUCCGAUCGAGCACUUCAAUGAUGCUCGAGCUAUAAGGGUCACCGAAUUAAUGAAUGAUUUCCGAACUAUACACAUCAACAUCGCCGGACUUAGAACGGAGCCUACCCCCAACGAACAAUUCAGUGAAGGAUAUGUUGUAAUGAACCAAUGUCUUGCUGAUGCGCAAACCCUCCUCAAUUCGUCACUUGAUAUACCCGAAAUCCAAGGCUCGUCUAACGAAGGUGAAAGUGUGACACUAGAUCUCCAAAGGUUAAUCAUCGAUGCAAGUGCUCGCCGGUUCCAAGCUCACAAAAUCUACCUCAGAAUGGCUGCCGCAAGCCGAUGGGUAUUGCGCCGAACCCAAGUGCUUCAAGGACAAAAGAUGAGCGCUCAGCAUGUUAACGACUUACGAGCUGCGAGUGAAGCUCUUCAUACUGAACUUGCAGAUAUUACUGACAACGCCGUGGUCAAUGAUUUACGAUCAGCCGAUAUGCGUUCCGGCUACUGGCUCGGUGAAGACCCGUCAUUAAGUACCAUUCAAAGCUGGAUUCGUUCGCAAAACUAG